AGGGAGACAGGCUGAGCUGAUUCCACGUGUGACGCUUGCAUUCCCAGCUCAGUGAUAUUUUCUUUAGCGGGCUUCGGUGUAGCCUUGUGCGUCUUCGUUAGUUACUGGCUAUAGUUGGGUUAGCUAUGGAGGGAGACGGGAGCCAAGCCACAUCUGGAGGAAACCCUAAUGAUUCUCAACAUGACCCGGGUAAAAUGUUUAUCGGUGGCCUCAGCUGGCAAACUUCGCCAGACAGCCUUAGAGACUAUUUUACUAAAUUCGGGGAAAUCAGAGAAUGUAUGGUGAUGAGAGAUCCAACGACAAAACGCUCCAGGGGCUUCGGAUUCGUUACUUACGUAGAUGCUGCCAGUGUAGAUAACGUCUUAGCUCAACAACACCAUGAAUUAGACUCAAAAACGAUCGAUCCAAAAGUUGCCUUCCCUAGACGUGCUCAGCCCAAGAUGGUCACAAGAACAAAGAAAAUAUUCGUAGGAGGAUUAUCAGCGAACACAGUAGUUGAAGAUGUGAAGCAGUAUUUUGAACAGUUUGGCAAGGUGGAGGACGCCAUGCUUAUGUUUGACAAAACGACUAACAGACACAGAGGUUUCGGCUUUGUAACUUUCGAGGUUGAGGACGUUGUGGAGAAAGUAUGCGAGAUCCACUUUCAUGAAAUCAAUAAUAAAAUGGUAGAAUGCAAGAAGGCUCAGCCCAAGGAGGUGAUGUUCCCUCCAGGUACGCGAGGCAGGGCCAGGGGCCUGCCCUACACCAUGGAUGCCUUCAUGCUGGGGAUGGGCAUGCUGAGUUACCCAAACAUUGUAGCAACGUAUGGCCGUGGAUACACUGGUUUUGCCCCGAGCUACAGCUACCAAUUCCCUGGCUUCCCAGCGACGGCGUAUGGACCGGUGGCAGCAGCGGCAGUGGCGGCAGUGCGUGGCUCAGGUAGGGGGGCCCGUGGAAGAGGUGGCUACAUGGCAUACCAGCAGAACGCAGGGGCAGGGUUCCCAGAUUAUGGGUUCUAUUCCGGGGCCGGGCCCAGUGACCUGCGGGGGCCGCCCUGCUCCUUUGCCGACUUUGGCUCCCUGGGGCCCCAUGCUGCUCAGAUGCUGCAGCACAGUGAGCAUCAUGCCACCUCCGCCUGCAACUCCCCCCUCCAGCACCACCUGCAGCACAGCCCGGACCCCUUUAAGAGCCCAGCAGAGUAUUUCAGGAGGCCCGGGGAAGACCGGGCGGAGUUUUUAACUGGCUAUGUGAACAGGUGAUGCCAUCCAACGCCAAGCACUACAGCAUCAACCCACAGGAGGAGAGUGGAGGCGGCACCACGUGAAGAAGAACUGAAGAAAAUGUCAAAAUCAUCUCAGAAAAAUAAACUACAAUCUGCUGUACUAUAAUCCAAACCUGGCGUUCACAUCCUUAAUAUCCAACUGUAACCUAGUACCUUUGUGUAGGAUUUAGGUGUUUUUUUGUCCUUUAAAUGUUCCUUAUUUUAAAUCUGUUUAGUUUAUGUUCAUUAUUUUCGGUGUAGUCUUCAAAUUAAUAAGGGAAGAUUAAUUCUAAUUUUAAUUUACUCCAAUAUUUUUGAUCCUCUCUGAAAUUAGUAACUAUUUAUGUAAACUGGCUUAUUUCAGUUUUUUUUUUUCAGAUUGCUAUGUUGCUAUGGUUGUUUGCUUUUAUUCUUGCUGAUGGAAAAAUGCAGGUGUCAGUUUGCACAUACAAGAAAACUGACAUGAACUGAUGAGGCCUGAAGAAAGGCGGUGUUAAUUAAAUUUUAAGAGUAACUAAUAUAUCUUAGUAGCUUUUUUUUUGUUUAUUUUAAUGUUGUUAAUUACCUAUUUUGGGCAAUAAGAGGACUACAAUAUUUUCACAGUCCUUUUUUACAAAUGUUUUUGUUGUCAGGAAAAAAUAACCUUUCCUUUUAAUACUUUGUGAAUUCAGAUUUUAAGAAAAAUAUAACUGUAAAUAUUAUUCAAAUCACUGCAUAUAAUCGUUUCAGAGAGAACCAUAUUUUUGUGAUGGUUCAUCAUAAAAGGCUGUAAUGUGCAAGAGUGAAAGUUUCAAAGACGAGGACAUUUAAUGCUCUUAAGUCGUAUCAUAAUCCAUUUGUAGCACAAAAUGCCAUGAUAACCCCACUCGAUCCUACAAGAACACUGUUGGCUUGCUCUGUAAAUACUGUUGUCUUUCUUACUGUGCUAAUGUCAUACCAGCAUACUGUUCUGUCUUCUACAUAGUGAGCUCAAAAGUGCACAGCUUCUAAAAGAUGACACAAGGUUAACACUGGACAUUGCUACACAAUGUCUCUCAAAGAGGACACCGGCUCAACUUCUUCUAGACUCUCGCAAGUGAAACGCUACUGUAUCUGUGACUGAAGUCAAUACUAUAUAAAAAAAGAACAUGAUACAAAUCGAAAGCACACUUUUACUUUGUAUUAGUUUGAAAAUACCAGAUGUUGAAUACUAUUGUCCAGAUACAUUUCACACCAAUCUGCACGUGUUCCAUUUUGUUCUGGUUAUCUUCAGUGUUUGUUUUCCUUAUUAUUAACGCUGUGUAUCCAUUUUGUUCUGGUUAUCUUCAGUGUUUGUUUUCCUUAUUAUUAACGCUGUGUAUCCAUUUUGUUCUGGUUAUCUUCAGUGUUUGU